AUGCUGCUGGGCGCUUUCGAGUACGUACCAGCACGCAACGAGAGCGUCAUCCUGGCUCUGCUGGUUGUUGUUGCCUGGCCGUGUAUCAGCUCUCUCAGAGUUUACUGGAGCCGUCCCAAAAUCGCUCUAGAAGGACCUCCACUGGCAUUCGGUAAAUGGCUGAGCUCUGUUGCUUUCCUAGCUCAAGGAAGCAAGAGCAUUUUCAACUCCUACAAUAAGAUCAAAUCCAAGAGCUAG